AUGGGCGCAGCCCGGAGCUGUGGGAAGCUGCAGCAAGGCCUCACUCACGCGCGAGACUACAGGAAUGAGGGCGAAAGUGCUUUUCCUCUGGGCCUCGACCGCAGCCGGCCCCAGGGCUGCCCUUCGUUGCGCAGCAUGGCGUGGAUUAAAGUAAUCCCUCCUGGAUCACCAUUUUAUUCUUCCUGUCUAUGCAGUAACAAGCGACUUGUGGCCUUAGUGCCAAAUGACACUUCAUUCAACACCAGACGAGCCUACACCAGCGAAGAUGAAGCCUGGAAGUCGUAUUUGGAGAAUCCCCUAACAGCAGCUACCAAGGCCAUGAUGAGCAUAAAUGGUGAUGAGGACAGCGCUGCUGCCCUUGGCCUAUUAUAUGACUAUUAUAAAGUUCCCAGAGAUAAAAGGCUGUUGUCUGUUAACAAAGUGAAUGAUAAUCAAGAAGACCAAGAUAAAAGAAAUUGUCUCAGUUCCACGGAAGCUCAGAGUAAUUUGAGUGGGGGAGAGAACCGUGUGCAAGUCCUGAAGACGGUGCCUGUUAACCUUUCCUUGAACCAAGACCCAUUGGAGUCAUCCAAGAGGGAGUACAACACAAAUGUGUCUGGCAGCUCCACGCCAAUUACAGGGACUGCGGUGACUGUGAUAAAAGCAGAAGAGUUCACCCCUGUUUUUAUGACCCCACAAGCACACUACACGAGAGGAGAAAAUGAGGAGCACCGAGGGGUUAUUUUUGAACCGUAUGAAGUGUCCAACAUUGCUCCCCACACCAAUUAUCUCAAAGAUGAUCAGCGCAGUACUCCUGACAGUACAUACAGUGACACCUUCAAAGAUGGAGGAACAGAAAAGUAUCGCAGCGUGUCAGUGGGGGCUGAAGAAUACAUUUAUGAACAAACAAGCACUUUUCAGUAUACACUAGAAGCUACCAAAUCUCUGCGUCAAAAGCAAGGGGAGGGGCCUAUGACCUACUUAAACAAAGGACAGUUCUACGCCAUUACGCUGAGCGAGACGGGUGACAACAAAUGUUUCCGGCAUCCGAUCAGCAAAGUCAGGAGCGUGGUCAUGGUUGUUUUUAGUGAGGAUAAAAACAGAGACGAGCAGCUGAAGUACUGGAAAUACUGGCAUUCCCGGCAGCACACAGCAAAGCAGAGGGUCCUUGACAUCGCUGAUUACAAAGAGAGUUUUAAUACCAUUGGGAAUAUUGAAGAAAUUGCCUUCAAUGCCGUGUCCUUUACUUGGGAUGUCAACGAGGAGGCAAAGAUUUUCAUCACAGUGAAUUGCUUGAGCACAGACUUCUCUUCUCAAAAAGGUGUAAAGGGGCUUCCUUUGAUGAUUCAGAUAGAUACAUACAGCUACAACAACCGCAGCAAUAAACCCAUCCACCGAGCCUACUGCCAGAUCAAGGUUUUCUGUGACAAGGGAGCAGAAAGGAAAAUCCGAGAUGAAGAAAGGAAGCAGAAUAGGAAGAAAGGCAAAGGUCAAGCAUCCCAAGCCUCCUGUAAUAACUCAGCUGAAGGAAAGCUGAGUGCACUCCCUCUGCAAAAAAAGAGUGAUAUAACUUUCUUCAAAACAAUGACUGACCUGGAUUCCCAGCCAGUUCUCUUCAUACCAGAUGUUCACUUUGGAAACCUACAAAGAACUGGACAGGUUUACUAUAAUACAGAUGAUGAGAGAGAAGGUAGCAGUGUCCUGGUCAAGAGGAUGUUCCGACCUGUGGAGGAAGAGUUUGGUCCAUCCCCUUUGAAACAAAUGAAAGAAGAAGGCCUGAAAAGAGUGCUUUUAUAUGUGAGAAAGGAGACAGAUGAGGUGUUUGAUGCCUUGAUGCUGAAAUCACCCACAGUAAAGGGGCUAAUGGAAGCGAUCUCUGAGAAAUAUGGAUUGCCAGUGGAAAAAAUUGCAAAACUUUAUAAGAAGAGCAAAAAGGGUAUCCUGGUAAACAUGGAUGACAACAUUAUUGAGCACUACUCCAAUGAGGACACAUUCAUCCUACACAUGGAAAGUGUGGUUGAAGGCUUCAAGAUCACACUGACUGAGAUCUAGCCUCAGACAGAGCCCUUUCAUAAAGAACCCACAGCAUUUCAUUCUUCUUGGAAAGCAGAAGAUGCCUAUGGAAGUUGACAGACAUUGAUUAGAGAAACUGUUACAAGACUGCUUUGAAAAUAUUGUCCGUUCUGCACAUGCACACCUAUCGCAUACAGGCUUGGGUUCGUCAAGCACAAGGCCACUCAUGUUAACCUGGUCCCUUAUUUAUUGCUCCCCACUCUCCAUUGUACAAGCAGUCAGCAGCCCCCAGAUUUGUAACCAGAUGACCCACUGCAAAUGUGAAAUGCAGCAUUUUAGUCCAUGCUUUAGUGUGGAUAAGCUUAUUCUAAAAUAUAGUGAGGAACUUUGCUGGUCCAGUUUCAGAAAUCUGAUAUAAAUCACUUUGCCAGUAGUUCUCUCCUCUCGCUAAAAACUGGUGCAGUGCUAAAGGUGGGGAAAGUGGCUGACAGAGUUCACUUGCUCAGACCGAUCCAUAUCUCUCUCUAGUGUAUAGUCUUGCCAAAUACCUCUGGUAGUUCUCAGCAUGUAGCAAUGAGGACUUGUAAGUAAGGCGUUCAGCUACAAAUGUCACUUGUAAGUAAAUGGUAAAGAAACCAUUUUAACUUUGUAUAUAAUGUUUAUAAUAUGCAAUAAUAUAUUUUAACUACUGUAUGUGGGCACGUUUAUUGCCACUAUGUUUUUGUAUGUAUUGGGCUUAGGGUUUAACAGAAUAUUUCCUAGAAGAUUAGAUUUCUGCAAUCUGUUAAGGAGUGUGUACUGAGAAUCUGAUAACUGUCUGCAUUUUUGCACUCCAUCCCUGCCCACCCAGUUUUAUACUGAAAUAUUGGCGCAAACAGUGCUACAGCAUUUGGAGUGCACUGUCACUGUGGGACCCACCUUUGGUGCCCUGGUCCCAAACACAGAUACCUGGGUACUCCAUCCAGCUUUCACCAAAUCAUAGAGGCACCCCUGUGUCUGGUGUGUCAAGAAGCCUGUUCUCUUGGUGAAGCGAGGGCUCUCAAAAUGAGCCUGUCUCAAACCCCAACAAACUGCUCAUUAAAGCAUUCCUUUAGACUGCAAGAAACUAUAGACUCAUCUUCUUAAGGGAGUUUGCUCUUGUAUCUCCAUAGAAUGAUUCUGUUUUGAUUCCUAGUGCAGUUCAAUGAGGUAAAAAGUUGGGCUUGAUGUAAAUAUUUUACAGGCUGGAUCUGAACCUAGGGUCAAUUAUGCUGUCACACCAUCAAGUUCCAUAUCUGUCGCAGGAAUUCUGAGAGAGAAAGGCUACAGACUAAUCAUACCAGGAAAGGAGUCCAAGGCCUGAAUGUCCCCAGCAAAUGUAAACCUGGCACCUAUCUCUCUACUUUCCAGUUCCUCUUCCUGUCUUAGAUUGCUCCUCACACAGUGAACAGUCCUGUAGUUUUCAGUUGUAAGCAUUUCAUUUCCCAUGCACUGUGUAGGGAUCCCAUGAGACAGGCAGAAAUGUGAGGCCUUUCCUAUGAACAACCUUUAGAGUUUUAUUAAUUCCUCCUUCUAAAGACUCUUAUUCACUUAGUCACAGUAUUUUUUUCAUUAGCUGGUUAAUGACGUAAAGAAGCACUGCUGAGUUUAAUGGGGCUCCUUCUCUAGUGGUUUGAGCUGUGGGAAGCUAUUUACAUCCAAGCAAAGUAGUUGGAAAAGCUAACUAAUCUGAUUCUAUCAUAUUUCUGCAUGAAUUGUCUUGCAAGAUCUUGCAAUUUCUUAACUUCAUUAGUGAUAGCAUCCCAUUAAAAUUUGAUCUUCAAAUACAAAUGUCAAAUGUCAGGUACAAAUGUCAGGUACCUGUCAAAGCUCCUGCACUAUCAGAACCUAUGAAAGCUCUCUGCUACUUGUGUCAGGGCUAUCACAUUCAGAAUCCAUAUGCAUCUGGAAAGCAAAGUGUCUGUUUUGUCUGUCUUCUCUUCCUUUCUACUCAUCUGUUGUGUGUUCUUUCUGCUCCUGAUGCAGACUUGUGUAGUAAUUCCAUUGUCUUUUUAUGGAUACAUACUCCAGUAAAGAUGCUUUUGCUACACUGCUUAAGGGCGGACAUCUUAGAAAUACAAUGGAUUUAGGGUAAUUUCAUUUAUUUCUGCUUGACUCAGACUCAGAUAAAAAGUCCUUGCUGACAUAGCCCAGAUACUUUUCCACUCCCAAAAAGCAGGACAGUUUUGACAGGUGGCAUUAAGAACACAGGACUUGUGAGCAAUGCUGUUGGUUCUUGUAUUUAUCUCUUAUUUAAUAGUGUUUGGGAUUCCAAGGAAUUUAACUGAGAUUUCUCAGUUGGUCACGAUGUCCCAGCAAAGGCUGCAUGCUAAGCUCAGUAGUAAUCGCAUGCAGGAUUUGAGCCCAGGUUCUGUCCCUGUCAGUGCCUGUGGUCUCUGGGGCUGGGUUGUGGUGUGCCACAUUAGGGGAUGUCAGUGAGAAUCUGAGGUUCACAGAGAAGGAUGGGACUGUCCUGGCAGCACCAGCACCCUUGUUAGUACUUUAUCCUUGUAUCACAUAGAGGUGGAACUCUAUUCUUUGCUAAUUAGAGCUAGGUUCUGCUACAUGUUGUAACGUCCAGCUCUGAGGAGCAGUAUCAUAGAAUCACAGAAUGGCUUGAGUUAUAAGAGACCUUGGAGCACACCCACUCUCAACCCCCUGCCAUGGGCAGGGCUACCACCUCCUAGCUCAGGCUGCCCAGGGCCCAUCCAGUCUGAUCUUGAGC